AUGAGGUGGCCGCGGGCGUGGACUAGCGCGCGGCUGUGCGCCGGCGUGGCGCUCACCAUGUCGCUCAGCAUCACCGCCGGCCGCCGCGACUACAAGGACUUCGACGUCAAGCAGGCCUCGGACAUCUCGCUCUGGAUCGACGAGCGACAGGUCCGCAUGUUUAGUGGCAUAUCUAUGCAAGUAUUCGCGAUACUCAAUGGCCACAUAUCCCCGUACAUAUUGGACCCCAAUUUUUCACACAAGCUGCCCACGAUCCCGUCGGAAGUCGGCUAUGUGAACUUCACGUGGCGCUCCAAGAAGCGUUACCACUAUAACUUCGACACGCUGACUUCCUCCGACCCAAAGUUGUUAAAGCCGCCUGUCCUCUCUAUAAAAACUCAAGGGCGGGUGCCUAAAGCUCCGAAAGAGUUCAGUAUAUUUUUGAUAUGCCUGGGCAACAACAGUGGCGUGGCGACAUUUGAAAUAGGGCUCGUGCUUAAAAAUGGCCGAGGCAUACCACUAAAAGGCACCCCUCUAAGAUUAAAUCUAAAGAAGGAAUGCGCACAGAGAGGGCCGGACCCGGAGUGCGACAAAAAGUGCGCCAACCAGGGCUGGUGCAACCACGAGAAGAUCUGCCAGUGCCCCGAGGGCUACAUGGGGCAGCACUGCCGCACGGCGCUGUGCUACCCGCAGUGCAUGAACGGCGGCAACUGCACCGCGCCCGGCCUCUGCUCCUGCCCACCCGGCUACCAGGGACGACAUUGCGAAGGAGGUAUAUGUUCGCAGAAAUGUCUGAAUGGAGGGAAAUGUAUACAGAAAGACACCUGUGAGUGUCCGAAAGGAUACUAUGGACUUCGGUGCGAGUUCUCCAAGUGCGUGAUCCCGUGCCUGGGCGGCGGGCGGUGCCGCGGCGUGAACCGGUGCCGCUGCCCGGCGGGGCUGGGCGGCCGCCACUGCGAGGUGGGGCGGCGCGGCGACUGCGCGCGCCCCUGCCGCCACGGCACCUGCCGCCAGGGCGCAUGCGUCUGCGAGCCCGGCUGGCGCGGCCGCUACUGCCACCGCACGCACGGUUCUUCAGAAGAAUCCGGUGAAUUUAAAAGACCACGGUAA